CGCUGAUUAGGUGCCCGGUCGAGCGAGAGAGAGAGCGAGAGAGAGAGAGAGCGAGCAACCUCAGCUAAGCGCACCGCUCUGCUCCCCACGCAAUGACUCGGAGUUAACUUUCCUUUUUAAACUUUACAUGUUGCGAUUUGGACGGCUAAACUUUAAAUGCUAAUAAGUAAUAUUGAUCAUUGGCAAAGGCAGGCUUUUUUCGUCAUUGAUUUAGAAACUUUACUGUAGUUUUUCAGCCGUUGUUUUGCAGUCGCUCAUCAAGCCGUAGAGCACAGGUGACGAUGGCGAGGGAACCGGUGUUGGGGACGUUGUUCCCGGCUGGCGACAGCCGCACAUGGGCUGUUAUUAGCCUGUUUCUGCUCCUACCACUGAUGUGCUGUGUAUCAGCACAGGAGCUCCCGACUAAUGGUGUCAACGGUUACAGCUUACACCCUCCAUACUUCAACUUGGCUGAAGGCACAAAAAUCACCGCCACCGCAACCUGCGGGGAGGACAACACAAGGACGAUACAGGAUUUGUACUGCAAACUGGUUGGGGGGCCCGUUUUCGGAGAACCGAGUCAAACCAUCCAGGGCCAGUACUGUGACAUCUGUGCCAUGGGGGACAGUGACCGCGCCCACCCCAUCACCAAUGCCAUAGACGGGACAGAGCGCUGGUGGCAGAGCCCGCCCCUCUCCCGGAGCACCGAGUACAACGAGGUCAACGUCACCCUGGACCUGGGACAGGCUUUCUCCUAG